AUGGAUGUCAAGUCCUCCACUAUUCCCUUGGCUGCACACUUCAUUCUCAGCAAGGACCAGUGUCCUAAGAAUGAAAGUGAGAUCCAAAAGAUGAAGAGUAUUCCUUACUCUAAUGCUAUUGGGUCAGUUAUGUACUUGAUGGUGAGCACAAGGCCUGACAUUGCUUACUCUGUAUCAUGCCUGUCAAGAUACAUGUCAAAUCCAGGACAACUUCAUUGGGAAGCCCUUAAGUGGCUACUGAGAUACCUUAAGCAUACUGCUCAUUAUGAUUCAAACUAUGCAAAUGACAGGGAUAAGAGGAAAUCUACAACCUCUUAUGUAUUUACACUUGGUGGAUCUUGUGUAAGCUGGAAAUCAAAAUUGCAACAUAUUGUGGCCUUAUCCACUACUGACUCUGAGUACAUUGCCAUCACAGAGGCAAUGAAAGAGGCUCUAUUGCUGAAAGGGGUUAUGAGUGAAUUAAAAUUCCUCAAGCAACCUGUUGUGGUCUUUUCUGAUAGCCAAUUUCAUUUUAUCAGGGAUAUAGUGGAAAAGGGUGAGGUCCUGCUAGAGAAGAUCCAUACUGAUCACAACCCAGCUGAUAUGGGGAACAAGUGUCUCUAUGUGGAGAAGAUGCUUUCAUGCAUUAGGAAGCUUCACAUUGAUUCUAGUUAG